CUCUCCUGGAGGGACGCGCUUGUUACAGUUACCAGUGAAAAAUCAUCGUCGUCUGCCUCUCUCCGCGUCGUCGACUCCUCCAGUUUCCUAUGCAAACAUUAAUUCUCUAAAGGCAAAUCCUUUCACCGUUUGUGCCUUCAGAAAAAGCCACGCAGGACAUUCCAUGCUAAUUAAUGAGGCAUAUAAGCAUUCUAACGUUUUUCUCUCGAAUGUACCUAUGUACGUGCACACACGCGCGAGAUGAAGCAAUGGAAGGUCAUUUGUCUAAGGUGAAGCAGUGGAAUCUCGUUUGCAACAAUCGCACGGAAUGUUACGUAAAUAAAUUACUCAUUCGUUAACAGUUAUAACAGGAAGUGUCUUAAGUCCUAAGUCACUUGAUACAAUCUCGUACUCUUGAAUGAGCCGAGUGGUAACAACAUUGUGGCUCGUUUGGCCGCACGUGGCCGCGUGCUCCAGAUUUCAGAUAUCCCGGCGAACUCUGUCCUCGGCUUUUGCAAUGAGAUAAUCGACUUAUAUCAUUCUGCACAAUAAUCUGCCCGAGAGAACGACCGUGAUACUUAACUGUGGAAAUGCGGUUUGGUUAACAGAAACGCCGGAGCCGGAGAGAGAAUUUGCCGAGAGUACGUGUCAAAAUUUUCAUUUGUUUCGCACGGUCCGAUCUCGAUACGCGCCCGAAGAUCGAUCCGCAUUCAAUUUGCAACAACCUGCGGCAAUUGAAAUACCUAUUCUCGACAACAUCGCCACCGUACUGAUAUUGUCGACAAAAGCUAUGCACACAACCUCAUCGAGCCCGGAAACUUCGUUCAACGCUGUUCUCCGGCGGAAGCAGCUCCGCUAUUUCCAUUCUUUUGCGCUCCAAUUCGAAAGUCUCAAGUAGAAAACAACCCGCGGACCGCCGGCGUCCGUGCGACCAGUUUCGUCCUCGUGCGCCUUAACAGGAUCCAUCGGGAUGUCGACUAAAACUGCUAAAUGAAAUGGAAAUAACGAUGACUUCUCUUUUCGCGAAAGCGCAUGACUCGCCGUUGGCGAACGUCGCGUCCGAGAUCGAGGAACGUCGGUGCGACCUGAUCGGCCGUCACCGUGAGCUCAGGAACAAAGUUGCCACGAUGGAACGCUCCAUCCCGGCUCUGAUGGCAUACAGCAUGUGGAUGACUGAAAGAGAUAGCCGCGAUGGGCCGUGCGACAAAGUGCGGGAGAUCGUCAACAGGCUCUCGCCGCAGCCAGACCCCGCCGACAGGCUGCUCGCCGAUUUGAAAGACGUGGUCGACGGCCUCCACCGGGAAACGGCACAGUUGCAUGACAAGAUCAUAGACGCGGAUGUGAAACUAGAGGAAACUGGCAUGGAGCUGGAGUCCUUGGAGCUGGCUAACAAGGAGAUGGAGGAUAAAUUGGCAGGUUUGCGCAACGAAAUACAAAGACGCAGUACACCUAGUCUACACUCCAUCCACUCCGAAGAUCUGAUAUGCCUGAGAAAGAUCCGUCAACUCGCUGAGGAAGAAUUGAAACUGAAGAAUUGUAUCAGAGAGCUGGAAAGUAAAGAACUCAUGUACAGACGGCAAAUGGGCAAGUUGCUGUCCUGCAAGAAAUUUCAGCGCGACGGCGGAAAAGUGCAAACGGAACGCGUGCAAAAAUCGAGGGGACCUGGUAAAAAGUUAUUUGAACCUUUCGAAGAUUACACAUUUAAUAAACACGCGACGAAGAAGACAUACAAUCCUGAAGAUAAGAAACGAGCUUGCUGUCCGUGUGCAACAUCGAUAAAGUUAACUGCUCGCGAAGAGGCGUCGAAAAGACAAUUCGAAGCGUGCGACAAAUUGUAUCCGCUCCCAUGCUGCGUCCCGCUGGACCGUCGCGCGUCUCGCGCAACUGCGGACAAAUCGCGUGAUUGCGUUUGUUGCAAAUCUUGCCGACGGGUUCCUUCCGCUGUACUCAAAUCCAAGUCUCCGUGUUCGAAGCCUCCUUGCGAAUCCCUCUUUAGCGUCUCGAAAACAGGUGUACCGCGGCCACCUAAACAAUCAGCGCAAUCUUCGAUACCGUGUGACCCCGGUAAAACGUGCGACGAGUGCACGACCCCUGCCGCGUGCAAACGUCUUAAUACCUGCAGAUAUGAUUGCGAAGAACAACUAAGAGACGAACUGUCAACUCCACCGUGUGAUUGCAAUAUUAAAUCGUUGGAUGAGGCUCAAUCAGUGCCUUCGGGGAUGCUGCACUCCGGAUCGGAAAUAGAAGACAGUAACAGCGACGAUGAGGAAUUCUGUGAGUGUUGUUCCUGUGGUUGCGAAGCCAACGAUAAUUUAUAAAAACAAUAUAACACUUAAACAUUUAUUAUUAACAUUUGUCAGCAAACUUCACCACCAAUGCUCUUUUAGGCAGUGAAAAAAUUAUUUAAUUUUAAUACAUAUAAAUAUAUGUAUACAAGGUUUGGAUAAAAUUGAAUUUUAUAUUAGAAACUUGAAUCGAAACUGUAACUUCGUUACAAGUAACGAGUUACUCUCAACCCUGAAAAACUUUUAACACACGUGUAUAAAUUUUUAUACAAUUAUAUGUUUUAUUAACACUAAUAUUUGACAAAUAUUUGAUAAGAAUGUACUCUCUCUUACUUAUACUCAUAAAAAUAAUAUAUAUUAGGAAAUAUUAAAACAAAAUUAUUAUAUAUAUAU